UCGUGUCGUGCCGCCCCCACCAAGCCCAAGCACCUGCCUGCUCUGUGCUUCUGGAGCCCGGAGUCCGGGCUCUCCCCCUCACUCCUCCCCGUCUUCCGUCUUCCCCCGUAAACUGAGAGAUCAAUCUGCGAAGGGAGGGGAGCGAUGGACGAGAAGGCGUCCAAUCUGGACGCCGUGCUCAAGGAGUCGGUUGAUCUCGAGAACAUACCGUUGGAGGAGGUAUUCGAGAACCUGAGAUGCAGUCGCGAGGGUCUCUCCUCCACCCAGGCCGAGCAGCGCCUAGCCAUCUUCGGCCCCAACAAGCUAGAGGAGAAAAAGGAGAGCAAGUUCCUGAAGUUCUUGGGGUUCAUGUGGAACCCGCUGUCAUGGGUCAUGGAGGCAGCCGCCAUCAUGGCCAUUGCGCUCGCCAAUGGAGGAGGGAAGCCACCCGAUUGGCAGGACUUCGUGGGGAUUAUUACCCUGCUCAUCAUCAACUCCACAAUCAGUUUCAUUGAGGAGAACAAUGCUGGAAAUGCCGCUGCUGCUCUCAUGGCCCGCCUCGCCCCCAAGGCCAAGGUUCUUAGGAACGGUCGGUGGAACGAGGAGGAAUCGGCCAUCCUUGUUCCAGGAGACAUCAUCAGUGUAAAGCUUGGGGAUAUCAUCCCGGCUGACGCCCGUCUCCUUGAGGGUGAUCCGCUGAAGAUUGAUCAGUCUUCGCUGACGGGUGAGUCUCUGCCAGUGACCAAAGGCCCUGGUGAUGGGGUGUACUCUGGCUCCACUUGCAAGCAGGGUGAAAUCGAGGCUGUUGUCAUUGCCACUGGUGUGCACACAUUCUUUGGCAAGGCUGCGCAUCUUGUCGAUUCAACAAACCAAGUUGGCCAUUUUCAGAAGGUUCUGACUGCCAUUGGAAACUUCUGCAUCUGUUCAAUUGCUGUGGGAAUGGUUAUUGAGAUUGUUGUCAUGUACCCGAUUCAACACAGGGCUUACAGACCAGGAAUUGACAACCUUUUGGUGCUUCUCAUUGGAGGAAUUCCCAUUGCCAUGCCCACUGUUCUUUCUGUGACUAUGGCGAUUGGGUCACACCGCCUGGCUCAACAGGGAGCAAUUACAAAGAGGAUGACAGCAAUUGAGGAAAUGGCUGGCAUGGAUGUUCUUUGUAGUGACAAGACAGGGACACUAACCUUGAACAAGUUGACUGUGGACAAGAAUCUUAUAGAGGUUUUCCAAAGGGGUGUUGAUCAGGACACUGUGAUACUAAUGGCUGCCAGAGCUUCACGAACAGAAAAUCAGGAUGCCAUAGAUGCCACGAUGGUUGGUAUGCUUGCUGACCCCAAGGAGGCUCGUGCUGGUAUUCAAGAGGUUCAUUUUCUGCCGUUCAAUCCAACUGACAAAAGAACUGCUUUAACCUACCUCGAUGGAGAGGGGAAAAUGCAUCGUGUUAGCAAGGGUGCACCAGAACAGAUUCUAGAGCUUGCAUACAACAAAUCAGAGAUUGAAAGAAGAGUCAGAGUUGUGAUUGACAAAUUUGCUGAGCGUGGCCUGCGAUCACUUGGUGUGGCAUACCAGGAAGUGCCAGAUGGUAGGAAAGAAAGUCCUGGAGGACCAUGGCAGUUCAUCGGGCUCUUGCCACUUUUUGACCCCCCUCGACAUGAUAGUGCAGAAACAAUCAGGAGAGCACUCAAUCUUGGUGUCAAUGUUAAAAUGAUUACAGGUGAUCAACUUGCAAUUGGGAAGGAAACAGCUCGCCGUUUGGGGAUGGGUACUAAUAUGUAUCCUUCAUCUGCUUUACUGGGACAACAUAAGGAUGAGUCAAUUGUUGCUUUGCCAGUUGAUGAAUUGAUUGAGAAAGCUGAUGGCUUUGCUGGUGUCUUUCCAGGUACAACUUUGGAAAUAACUAUUUUUAUGAGUGCGAUUACUAUUUUUUUCCUUGCAGCUAUCGGCAGCACUCAUGCUUACUUCACUUCUAACUAUCACUUUACAGAACACAAAUAUGAGAUUGUGAAACGUUUGCAAGCAAGAAAACAUAUAUGUGGUAUGACUGGAGAUGGUGUAAAUGAUGCUCCAGCUUUGAAGAAGGCUGAUAUUGGUAUUGCAGUGGAUGACUCGACUGAUGCAGCUCGAAGUGCUUCAGAUAUUGUCUUAACUGAACCAGGCCUUAGUGUGAUUAUUAGUGCUGUGUUAACAAGUCGAGCAAUUUUCCAGCGGAUGAAGAAUUACACCAUAUAUGCUGUGUCAAUUACAAUCCGUAUAGUGCUUGGUUUUAUGCUUCUUGCGCUGAUAUGGCAGUUCGACUUCCCACCAUUUAUGGUCCUAAUCAUUGCGAUCCUCAAUGAUGGUACCAUAAUGACAAUUUCAAAGGACAGAGUAAAACCAUCUCCACAACCUGAUAGCUGGAAGUUAUCUGAGAUUUUUGCAACUGGGGUUGUCCUUGGUAGUUAUUUAGCCAUGAUGACAGUCAUUUUCUUUUGGGCAGCAUACAAAACUGACUUCUUCCCGCGCGUGUUUCACGUUGAAAGCCUUGAGAAAACUGCCCAGGAUGACUUCCAGAAGCUUGCAUCUGCUAUCUACCUGCAAGUCAGCACAAUCAGCCAAGCUCUCAUCUUUGUAACACGGUCUCGCAGCUGGUCAUUUAUGGAGCGUCCUGGAUUCUUACUGGUCUUUGCUUUCUUGGUGGCUCAGCUAAUUGCUACUCUCAUUGCUGUGUAUGCUGAUUGGGGAUUUGCCGCAAUCAAGGGCAUUGGAUGGGGCUGGGCUGGUGUCAUCUGGCUUUACAACAUUGUCUUUUACUUGCCACUGGAUGUCAUCAAGUUCCUCAUUCGUUAUGCGCUGAGUGGGAGAGCAUGGGAUCUUGUCCUUGAUCAAAGGAUUGCCUUCACGCGGAAGAAGGAUUUCGGGCGGGAAGAACGUGAGCUCAAGUGGGCCACCGCUCAGAGGACGCUACAUGGGCUCCAGCCACCAGAGUCGACAACAUUCCAAGGCAUGACCAGCUACAGCGAACUCAAUCAGCUCGCGGACGAGGCCCGGAGGAGAGCUGAAAUCGCGAGGCUGAGGGAGCUGAACACCCUGAAGGGGCGGAUGGAGUCGGUGGUGAGGCAGAAGGGGCUGGACCUUGAGACCAUCCAGCAGUCGUACACCGUAUGAUCGGUUUGCUGAGGCUUGAAUGAAUACAUGUUGUGUACUAGCUAGCUAGGCAAACAAUAACGAUGAUUCCGAUUCGCGAGGAGCGUGGGUUUCGAGUGUCGUCGGUGCGGUGCUGAUCGCAGUCGCUUCAUCCCUAUUUAUGUCCAUUAAUCGCCCCCGGCAGACAAUCUAUUAGAUGAUCAUAUAUAUAGUACGGAGUACAUUUUUGGUUUU